GGAAGGAUUUGCAUCUGAAUUGGUGGAAAGAGAGCAGGGAGGGCUUCGGGGGUGCAACAGGAGAGGAAGAGGCUGCAGCCGGAGCCCGGGAAGCUUCACUCUCGGCUAAGUCAACAAGAGUGUCUUUCCACAGUCAGAAGCAACCCAAGAGGAGGGGGAGAAGAUGGAAGAGGAGGACCCAGAAGAACCUGGAACUGGGAAGAGAUCGAGGAGAGGUCCCCACUCCAUACAAGCGGGGAGCGGUGUUGAAUUUUGGGAAAGAGCUGUGCCAGAGACUUUGGCUCAGGACGUUAUGACUGCAGACGAAUGCAGCCAAUGCUUCCGGCAGUUGUGUUACCAGGAGGCCGAUGGGCCCCGAGAGGUUUGCAGCCGGCUCCAUGGGCUUUGCAACCACUGGUUGAAGCCAGAGAGGCACACCAAGAAGCAGAUCCUGGACCUGGUGAUCCUGGAGCAGUUCCUGAUUCUUCUGCCCGAGGAUGUGCAGUGCUGGGUCAGAGGAUGUGGGCCGGAGACCAGUUCUGAAGCAGUGGCCCUGGCUGAAGGUUUCCUCCUGAGUCAGGCAGAGGAGAAGAGGCAGGCAGAGCAGAUUUCUGGACGAUCUGUGAAGACGGAAGCAAAGUUCUCUGAGGAAGAAGGAGGUCCUCCAUCAGAGAAAGGUCAGAGGGCGCAGGCCCAGGAACAUGCCCAAGAUGCCCUCUCAAGUGGCAAUGAAGAGACGAUGAGCCGUCAUCUUUGCAGAGGGGUGGAAAUGGCUGCUCCAGUUCUGGUCCAGUCUCCAUUUUCCUUUGAGGAGGUGGCCGUGUAUUUCACCCUGGCCGAGUGGGCCCUGCUGGAUCCAGGCCAAAGAGAUCUCUACAAGGAAGUCAUGCUGGAUAACUAUGGGAGUGUCACCUUUCUGGCAGCAGAUGUAGAGGAGACUUCUGGUGAGUUCCAUGGGUUCCCUUUGGAAAAAGCUAAGAAUGAAGAUGCCGAAGGAAACUUGGGAGAUGGACCACAGUGGCAGGAGGGAAGUCACACAGCUGGGGAUGAUCAGAGGAAUGAGGAGGAUGGGGAACUGCAUCCUGUAUUGCCAGAUGAAGUAAAGAAUGAAAACUUGAGAGGAAACUUCAAAAAUCAAGUUGGACCUAAGAGGCAGAAAAAAAGCCACUUGGUCAGGAAGAGGAGUAAAUCCAUUCCUUGCCAAAGGGGGGAUUUCCAAGAAUCAGUUCUCAUGGUGAAGGAAACCAUGUGCUUGGCUUGCGGAAUGAAUUUCUCAGAUCAAUCCCAGUAUAAUGCCCACUUACAAAUGCACAGAGGAAAGGAGACCCAUCAACGGCUGGAGGGUGGAAAGACCAUGAUUCACAGAGUGCAGCACCUUAGACAUCUAAGAACACAUACAGGAGAGAAACCUUAUAGCUGCUCAGACAGAGGCAGGACAUUUUCAGAGAAAUCAGACCGUGUUCGACACCAAAGGAUUCACUCAGGAGAGAAACUAUUUAUUUGUUCAGAGACUGCAGUGGUGUUCCCUGAGGGAAAAAAGGGUAAUAUACGUUUUCCAAAGCACAGUAUACUGAAGACAUAUAAAUGCUUUCAGUGCGGAAAGUACUUCAGAUUCAAAACACAGCUCCUUGUGCACCAAAGAAUCCACAGAGGGGAGAAGCUUUUUGAAUGCUCAGAGUGUGGAAAGGGAUUCCAUCACAGUAACACUAUUCAGGAACAUCUAAGAACCCACAAAAGGGAGAAGGCAUUCGAAUGCUCAGAGUGUGGGAAGAGAUUCAGUAACAAUGGCACUCUUCAAAAACAUCUAAGAACUCACACAGAGGACAAGCCUUUCGAAUGCUCUGACUGUGGGAAGAGAUUCAGACACAGUGGCACUCUUCAAGAACAUCUAAGAACCCACACAGGGGAGAAGCCUUUUGAAUGCUCAGACUGUGGAAAGAGAUUCAGCCACAGUAGCACUCUUCAAAAACAUCUAAGAACUCACACAGGGGAGAAACCUUUUGACUGUUUAAAGUGUGGGAAGAGAUUCAGUCACAGUAGCACUCUUCAAGAUCAUCUAAGAACCCACACAGGGGAGAAGCCUUUUGAAUGUUCAGAGUGUGGGAAGAGAUUCAGUAACAACGGCACUCUUCAAAAACAUCUAAGAACUCACACAGAGGACAAGCCUUUUGAAUGCUCUGACUGUGGGAAGAGAUUCAGACACAGUAGCACUCUUCAAGAACAUCUAAGAACCCACACAGGGGAGAAGCCUUUUGAAUGCUCAAAGUGUAGGAAGAGAUUCAGUCACAGUAGCACUCUUCAAGAACAUCUAAGAACCCAUACAGGGGAGAAGCCUUUUGAAUGUUCAGAGUGUGGGAAGAGAUUCAGUCAGAGUGGCAAUCUUCAACAACAUCUAAGUACCCACACUGGGGAGAAGCCUUUUCAAUGCUCUGAGUGUGGGAAGAGAUUCAGUCACAGAAGCAAUCUUCAAAAGCAUCAAAGAACCCACACAGGGGAGAAGCCUUUUCAAUGUUCAGAGUGUGGGAAGAGAUUCAGUCAGAGUGGCCAUCUUCAAAACCAUCUAAGAACCCACACUGGGGAGAAGCCAUUUGGAUGCUCAGAGUGUGGGAAGAAAUUCAGUCGCAGUAGCCAUCUCCAAGAACAUUUCAGAACCCAUAAAGGAGAGAAGCCUUUUGAAUGCUCCGACUGUGGGAAGAGAUUCAGUCAGAAUGGCACUCUUCAAGAACAUCUAAGAACCCACACAGGAGAGAAGACUUUUGAAUGCUCAGAGUGCGGGAAGAGAUUCAGUCAGAAUGGCACUCUUCAAGAACAUAUAAGAACCCACACAGGGGAGAAGCCAUUUGAAUGCUCAGAGUGUGGGAAGAGAUUUAGUCACAGUGGCACUCAUCAAAAACAUUUAAGAACCCACACAGGGGAGAAGCCAUUUGAAUGCUCAGAGUGUGGGAAGAGAUUCAGUCGCAAUAGCAUUCUUCAAGGACAUCUAAGAACCCACACAGGGGAGAAGCCUUUUGAAUGCUUAGAGUGUGGGAAAAGAUUCAGUCAGAGUGGAAUUCUUCGAAAUCAUCUAAGAACCCACACAGGGGAGAAGCCUUUUAAUUGUUCACAGUGUGGGAAGAGAUUCAGUCAGAAUGGCACUCUUCAAAAACAUCUAAGAACCCACAUGGAAGAAGCCAUUUGAAUGCUCAGAGUGUGGAAAGAGAUUCAGUCACAAUAGCAUUCUUCAAGGACAUCUAAGAACCCACACAGAGGAGAAGCCAUUUGAAUGCUCAGUGUGUGGGAAGAGAUUCAGUCAGAGUGGCAUUCUUCAAAAACUUCUAAGAACCCACACAUGGGAAAAGUGUAGAAAGUGAUUCCAGCAUUGUGGCCAUCUUCAAGGUUGUCUAAGGAACCACAAAGGAGAAACCAUUGAACUUCUUAGCCCAGAAGUUUCAGACUCAUUUGUUACGAGGGCCGGAUCUGACCUAUAUAUCAUUUUGUUGGACUGGGCCAUGUAUGCCAUAAAAUGUAAAGCUAAGUCCCCGUAAUAUAAACUUCAGAAAGGACACAAGGAAACCAAUCAACCAUAUUAUUUUUAGUUAAAAUACAAACAUGCUUAAAACAUUA